UAUCUCAAUGGUCCAUCGCUAGUUCUUGACCUGCAGAGGUAGUGAAAAGAGAUCUCGCAAAAAGCGUCUGAGUUGAGCAAGGCCCUGCCCUGCAACGCAAUUUUCAUCAAGAUAAGCCAACGAAGGAGAUUUUACACCUGUAAUGCUUUAAUGCUUAAGUCCAUACUUGGCGCAGACUCGAAUGGUUCUGCGGAAGAUCUACCAAGCGGAGGCGUUGGCGUUGUCGUGGCCAGCGGCAGUAGCGGGGGAAGUGGCAGUGGCAGCAGCCGCAGUACUGGAGCGCUAAGCCGAGCCAGUUACGGCCACGGCUCCAGCUCAAUAUCGAGUGGUCUAAGUGCGGUUUGUGGCUUAGUCGGAAGCGGCAGCGGCAGCGGUAGCGGCAGUGGCAGUGGCAGUGCAAGCGCAAGUGGUGGCAGCACACCAGCUACCGUUUAUUGUCCUGCAUGCGUGGCGAACAGUUCACAACAACAGCAGCAGCAACAGCAGGCGCUUGCCUCUGGCGCUGAGGGUUUACCAGCGCGCGAGUCAAAAUCAGGAAAGCGGGCUAAGACGCGGAAGAGUGCAUCAACGGCUGGCUGCUUGGACGCUCAACAUAUACGCAACCAUUUAAAAAUGUCUACAUCGAGCUCCAUGCGCAGCACCCGCGGCAACGGGGCCGGCAGCAGCAGCAGCAGUAGCACCACCUCGGCUGUUAUACCAUCCGGCUGCAGCAGCAUCGCCUACGAUUCGAAUAGCAAUGGCAGUUGCAGCAGCUUCAACGGCAAAGUCAACUCGCCAGGCAGCUACAGCUGCAAUGCACUCAAUGUCGACUUCAGCACCUAUACGGCAACGCAUCAGUGGUCGCGCAUGCUUGAGUGUGCGGAAUUUGUCGGUGCCAAACGAAGCAAGCACACUGUGGUUGCCUACAAGGAUGCCAUGUUCGUGUUUGGCGGUGACAAUGGCAAGACCAUGCUCAACGAUCUCAUUAGAUUCGGGGUCAAGGACAAGUCCUGGGGACGUGCAUGCGCAACGGGCACACCACCAGCUCCGCGCUACCAUCAUUCGGCAGUUGUGGCGGGCAGCUCGAUGUUCAUCUUUGGCGGCUAUACAGGCGACAUUCACUCCAACUCGAAUCUGACCAACAAGAAUGAUCUGUUUGAGUAUAAGUUUCUCAGCGCCAUGUGGGUGGAAUGGAAAUUUUCCGGCAGGCAGCCAGUGCCACGUUCGGCGCACGGUGCCGCCGUCUAUGAUAACAAAAUGUGGAUAUAUGCUGGCUAUGAUGGCAAUGCACGAUUGAAUGAUAUGUGGACCUUGAAUUUGACAGGCGAGAAUCAUCAGUGGGAGGAGGUGGAACAGCUAGGCGAUCGUCCGCCCACUUGCUGUAAUUUUCCCGUUGCUGUUGCGCGCGAUGCUAUGUAUGUGUUCUCUGGCCAGAGUGGCUUGCAGAUCACCAAUUCUCUGUUUGAGUUCCACUUUAAGUCGCGCACUUGGCGUCGCAUCUCCAAUGAGCCGGUUCUGCGUGGUGCCACCUCCGCGCCACCAUCGCGUCGCUAUGGCCACACCAUGGUGCAUCAUGAUCGUUUCCUCUAUGUCUUUGGCGGCUCGGCUGACUCCAUGCUCCCAAACGAUUUGCACUGCUACGAUCUGGACUCGCAGGUAUGGUCCGUCAUACAGCCGGAGCAGAACUCGGAUGUGCCAUCGGGACGCGUUUUCCAUGCCUCGGCCGUCAUCAGCGAUGCCAUGUACAUCUUUGGCGGCACCGUCGACAACAGCGUGCGACGCGGCGAUACCUAUCGCUUUCAGUUCUCCAGCUAUCCAAAGUGCACGCUGCGCGAUGACUUUGGCAAAUUCUUUCACGAGAAACAGUUCUGUGAUAUUCAGUUUGUGGUGGGUGCCGAGGAGACGCGUAUUCUGGCCCACAUUGCCUUUGUGGCAGCACGCUCUAAGUAUUUGCGGAACAAGAUAUUGUCGGCGCGUGAGGCGCUUCAGCACCAAAUGGAAAAGCUCUAUGGCGUUGGCCAGGUAGAUGCGCUUGCUCUCAAUACGGGCGUUGGCGCCGAUCGUACACCGAUGCUGGAAGUGCGACUAUCGCAUGCCUCGCCCGAAGCAUUCGAAAUCAUACUUAACUACAUAUAUACGGAUCGCAUUGACUUAAAGGAGUCCUACAACAAGAACAUCAUCAUUCUCAUCACGGACAUCUAUCAAUUGGCUGGGCUUUUCACAAUGCCCCGCCUGGCGCAGGGCUGCAUACAGUAUCUGGACUUUAAGAUCAAUAAGAUGAACGUGCUCGAGGCGCUCUACAAUGCGGAGAAGAACAACAUUAAAAUCAUCAAGGAUCAUUGCAUGCAGUUCAUCAUCAAAGACGAGAACUUCACCGAUGUGGUCAUGUCCAGUGAGUUUAGCGAUCUAGAUAAGCCGCUUCUGGUCGAGAUAAUACGCAAGCGUCUGCAUCCCAGCAAACUGGUCAUGGACACCAGCUUUGAGUCGAAUAUUGGUACCACAUUGGAGCACGAUUUGUCCAUGUUCUUAGAGACGACGGGCAAGGACUUUUGCGAUAUAAGUCUCAUACUCGAUGAUCAGGUGAUACCGGCCCAUAAGUCUGUGCUAUCGGCCCGUUGCACCUAUUUCCAGGGCAUGUUCCGCUCGUUCAUGCCGCCGGAUAAUACAGUCAAUAUACAAAUUGGUGAAAUUUCACCCUCACUGGAGGCGUUUCACUCGCUGCUACGCUAUAUAUAUUAUGGAGAGACAAAGAUGCCGCCGCAGGACGCACUCUAUCUGUUCCAGGCACCCUGUUUCUAUGGCCUAUCGAAUAAUCGCUUGCAUGCGUUCUGCAAAUACUCAUUGGAGCAUAAUAUAACGUCAGAGAAUGUGCUGCAAACGCUGGAGGCGUCCGAUAUAACUAAAAUCUAUGACAUCAAGGAUUAUGCAUUGAAAUUAAUUGUGAAAGAUUUUGCCAAGGUGGCCAGGCUACCAAAGAUAGCCGGUUUGUCGCGCGAACUGUUGCUGGAGAUAAUACGCGCUGUGGCCGAUUCGCAAGGCGAGUUUCUGACCCGCAUCAAUAUCAAUACCGAUAUCUGAAAACUAGUGCUGCUACAGCCGGCUUUGCAGUUGUUGCUCGCCUGGUUGCAAAUCGGACGUAGCACGUAGAGCAGCAGUAGCGGUUGGUAGCGCAAUAAAUCAUCCACUUCCACAUCGUCAAGCAACCUCAUGCUUCCUCUCAUCGAAUCCCAAUUGAGACUCGCAUUUUUCCCUAAUGCAUUAGCAUCACUAACAAUAGCAAAGAAAGCCAACUAAACUAAAUUUGUAUGCCCAUUGCAUUGCACGGGUCAUGGACAAUCCAAAGAAACGAAUGCGACAGAGACAGCGAUAGCGCAGAUAGAGCGGGAGCGAGAGCCACUGCUCUCUCUUGGUUAGGUAAAAGGCUAGGGUAUAGUUGUGUAGUACAUAGGCUCUGAAAAUUGUUAUGAACUAAAUGGAUUCGUAGGCCAGCGUUCUCUAGCAAAUAAUAAUAUUUAUUCUGUUUGUAUUUGAAGGAACCUAAAUGUUUCCCAUAAAUGAAUUGUGUAAAGUGAAUUCAAAGUGAAUUAGACUAAAGAGUUUCCAAAAUACUUGCUAUGCUAUAUCUAUUCCAUAAACUGAACAAUUUACUGUGCUAA